AACUGUGUGGAAGUAGAGUUCAGGCCGUGUUUGAGCUGUUGUGCUAUACCCUCAUACUUUUCAACUGCUUGUUGGUAUUGUGCAGAAAAUUACCUCCCAGACUAUUGUGUGGUCAUAAUUUGGGGUUGAUUCAUAUGGGUUUGAAAGGCCAGAAGACUUUGAUUAUGCAUCCUAUGAAGCAUUCUUUUCCAGAUAUCUAGUGGUACUCACUAGAAGAGCAAUAAAAUGGUCCAAGCUCCUAAAAGGGAAUAAGAGUAUACAGAAGAGUUUAAAAGUGAAGAGAUAUAUCAGGAAAGGCAUCCCCAAUGAACACCGUGCAUUGAUCUGGAUGAUUGUGAGUGGGGCCCAAGCCAACAUGGAACAAAACCCUGGGUAUUACCACACACUGCUUGAAGGAGAGAAGAAUGACAAGCUUGUUGAAGCAAUCAAAACAGGUCUAGAAGAGCGUAUCACUGAAUUGUGGCACUUGUUACUGGAGGGUGCUGCUGAGGCCAUAGACAUGAACAGAACAUUUCCAGAUAAUGUAAAAUUCCGCAAAACUGCUGAUCCCUGUUUGCAGCAUACACUCUACAAUGUAUUGGUAGCAUAUGGGCAUCAUAAUAAAGCAGUAGGAUAUUGUCAGGGCAUGAACUUCAUAGCUGGAUACCUGAUUCUUAUUACAAAGAAUGAAGAGGAGUCCUUUUGGUUGCUAGAUGCUCUUAUUGGAAGAAUAUUGCCUGAUUAUUACAGCCCUGCAAUGUUGGGCCUGAAAACUGAUCAGGAAGUCCUUGGAGAACUUGUGAAAAUGAAAGUUCCAGCUGUGGCAGAGCUGAUGGAAAGACAUGGAGUAAUGUGGACCCUAGUAGUGUCACGCUGGUUUAUAUGCUUGUUCAUUGACAUUCUUCCAGUAGAGACUGUGCUCCGAAUAUGGGAUUGUUUAUUCUAUGAAGGGUCAAAGAUCAUCUUCCGUGUGGCCUUAACAUUAAUUAAGCAACACCAAGCUUUUAUUUUGGAAGCCACAAAUUUCCCUGACAUUUGUGACAAAUUUAAGCAGAUCACCAAAGGAACAUUUGUAACAGAGUGUCACAGCUUCAUGCAGAAAAUAUUCACAGACCCUGGAAGCUUGUCUAUGGCAACAAUCAACAAACUCCGAGAGACUUGCAGAGAAAAGGUGCUUUCUCAGGGAUAACUCAGCAGACUUAACCAGGUGGUCAGAUACUACAGCAAUGACACAUUCCUCUAUUUGCACUGACUAAAGCACACUUUAAGCUUUCCAUGAGUUAACUGACACUUGACCAAUUUUUCCUGCCUUUCAAGUAAGUGUUGUUAACAUUUUGUACUGUAUGUUAGACUUGAUAACUGGAAUGGGUGGUUCUGUUCUCGUGGGUUUGGGGUUUUUUUAAAGGAUUAAAGUGUUUUCAGAGUAGAAUGUGAUCAGUGUCAGGACCCUCCUUUUAAAAAAAAAGUCACAAUCCUUGUCUUUUCAGGGCAUUUUGUUAUGUUAAA